AAUGCACAAAAUGUCAGGCCCGAGGAUUCGGUGUCAUGCAUCAAUCAAACUCAAAAUCAUGAUAUUUGGCCACUAACUACCCUGCCAUAUUCAUUACGUGAUCCAUUCUCGCCGAUAUUACUUGACCACACCUGCAUCUCCUCUUACCAUCUUCCUCUUAUCUUCCUCAUUUCUUGAGUAUGCACCUCCUUCGCUUCUUUACGUGCAUCGCUUCUUGUCUCUCUAUUGCUCGUGCUUUCAGUGUGACAGUCGGGACUCCUACUGUAUGUGAACCUCUCAGCAUUUCAUGGACUGGUGGGCAAGCACCAUUUGAAAUACUCUUAGCUCCCUCUAACCAAAUAUAUCAGAAUAUACCUGUUCCUGCAUCGGCCUUCAGCAAUGGAAAAGGCUCUUAUUCAAUAUCGCAAUUGUCGUUGUUGUCGGGAACGUCGUUUGUACUCAUUAUGUCUGACGCCACUGGAUUUGGUUCGGGUGGGACGACAAACGAAUUAACUGUUGGGAAUUCGACCGCAAAUAACAAUUGCGGCGCUGCAAAUCCGAAUCCUCCAUACACGUUCGACUUGUCUCCGCUGACGCAAUGCAGUCCAUUUACCAUUACGGCCAGUGGUGCAGUCCCGCCCAUUACUGUUGGGCAACUUAUUCCUGGCGGACUAUCAGUACUAUUCAAUUCCGGUAGCAACACUUUUAGCUCGAUUUUAGAUGUCAGCGCAGGGACGAACGUCCUGUAUUUUGUCAACGACUCCUUGGGCAACCAAGGUGGGGUCUCUCCGUACGAGCCGAUCUCGGGGUCGAGCGAUUCCGCGUGCCUGAAUUUGCUGUCAUCCACUGCAGGCAUAUCGGCCACAGCCACAGCAUCGUUGUCAUCUAGUUCGAGCAGUCCAUCAAGCAGUCCAUCAAGUAAUGCAUCAAAUUCAUCAAGCAACAAUGUUGCUCUCAUCGCAGGCGCAGCGGGCGGCGGCACGGCUGUCCUUAUUGCGUUGGGCAUCCUUGGCAUAUGCUUGCGGCGUAAACGAAAGGCAUCUCGUUUGCUGGAAGUUCAGUCUUCCAAACAAAGCUAUCCACGUCAUUUGCAACGUACAGACCCAAAUUACGAAGCAGGUCCUCAUAGUGACGUCCCACCACAUUUCUCCUUCCCAUACAAGACAGACCCCCUCAGCUACCAUACCCGCUCCAUUCAUCCCAGCCUAGGAACCCAGUCAGAGAUGACCAAUUCGUCUGCCGGCACCUUCGCAGUUGGCGCCCCUCUCUCAUCAUUCAACCAGACACAACAUUCGCGCCAGAACUCCAACGCAGACUUUCCCGUCUAUGGAGAUAUUCGAAGUUCGACUGUGUCAUCAUCUAAUAGCCGCCAAUUACUCCUGUCUAGCGGAAACUCCACAGCCAACGAUCCUCGCACACUUUUCAAUCAGACACUGCAUUCACGCCAGAGCUCAAACGCAGACAUGUAUGCAGACGCUCGGAGCUCGGCUAUGUCAUCUGUUGACAGGCGAAUGGCUACCGUCGCUGAAAUGCAAUCACCAUGGGAGACCGUUCCCGUUAGUUACCUUGUUCCAUCCACUCAACCCGGAUCCCAGCCAGGUCCUAUUAAUGCGUCUGCCACCAACAUGGUGACUAGGGAUCAUCACGCACCCUUCAAUCAGACGCAGCCUUCACACAUGAGCCCUAACACAGACUUUCCUGUCUAUGGAGACGCUCAAAUGUCAGAUACGACACCUGCCGAGCAUAUGGCUGUGGGGGCUCGACCAGCAUCACCAUUACCACGGAAGGUAGACCUUGUCUACCUUUCUCCACCCGUUCAAACCGGAUCUCAAUCAAUUUCAACCUCUACCGGCAAUGUCGGAGUCAAGAACCCUCCCACGCUAUUCAAUCAAUCACAAAACUCCCAUCAGAACCCUGACACAGACAAAUUUGCUGUACACGGAGCAUCUGGGCCUCAGUCUAUGGCGCCAGCUAGCGCGCAAACAGCUUACCAACCCCCUACUCGAAUCAUCGUGCAUACCGACGCUGAUGAUGAUGUGCCAAGCAAUAAUGGCGUAGUUGAACUUCCGCCGCAGUAUUCAGAACAUCGGGGAAUCCGUGCCUCGUAAUCUGAGUCUGUGUUAUGAUUACGUCCCCACACGCUUGAGUAUGGGGAAACCUCUUGAAAAUCGAUUCAAUCACUCAGAAUUGCCGAUAAUUCGAGGUUCCGCUUUUAUUUAAGAGGUCCGGUCCAUGUUCCAUUGCAU